CAAUGUGUUCGCAAAGAUGACGUCGACCGUAUGUUCUCCGGAUACUGUAUAAAGGGCCCUUCCGGGUCUCUUCGACAAAGUCUAUUAUAGGUGACCAAAUAGUUCAAUUUCAGGAACAUCACAAUCAUGGCCUCCUCCAAGAACGACCUCAACUCAUUGGCCGAGCAGGCCGAGCGAGAGCUCAACACAUAUCAGGCCAAAACAGGCAAUGCCCGCGGGCGGGACAUUGACGAAGCUGGAGUGGACACCAGGACCGAAAAGAAGUUCCCUGGCUCCCAAGUCAACUACAAUCCCGACCUGAGCACCAAUGCCGGCUACAACCGACGCAUUCCGCCCCAGGAAGGUGGUGACCUGGAUGAUAGAGGAAGGACAACACUAGGUGGCCACUUUGAGGGUCCAGGAGGACCUGAAGAUAAGAUUGCUCGAGCCCAACGAGACCGAGGUGGAGACAAUGACAACGAUGUUGUGCCGGGGCAAGCGAGCCUCCAGGGGCAAGGGACUAAGGAACGCCGUGGGAAAGACGCAUUGGAACAGGGCGUUGAUGCGUCCAGGACCAAUGUCGGUCGCAAACCGCCAGGAGUAGGAGGCUCCCAAUUCAAGGGGGAAGAUUACUACAGACCAGAGGAAGUGCCGGACAGCAUCGCCACGGAAGGCUAUAUUCCGCCGUCGAGUGUCACCCAGGCAUCGACAGAGACAGAGGGAUAUUAAGGGACUUGCUUAGCAUCCAGGGGAAACGGCCGAGAUGCAAAUAAAUACCUAAAUAAAUAAAAACAACGUGCUGAGACUGAGUAAGAGCUUCAGCUAAUGGGCUAUUGGGCCACUUGAA